CUUUCCUUUUUCACCAACAAAAAGGUCCAAAAAAGACAUCAUCUCACAAGUACUGAGUUAUAUAGAGAGUCAAGAAAGCAAUAAAACCCCCUUUUUCCCGGUCCUUUUAUCUCCGGCUUUCUUGUCAUAAUUUCUUUUCAUACAUAGCCACAAGUGGGGUUAAACAAUUACAGCCCAGUUCAUUAGAAAGUGUCAAUCUUUUUUGUUGUCAUAUUCUUGAAGUAGAGAAAAAGGAAGUUUCUUUGGUUCACAUUAGAUCUGGGGUUCACGGAUUUUCUGAGGUUUGUAUUGAAGUAGCAAAAAUGAAAACUUGAGUUUUGCUAUUUGUGUGGUGGCUAUUUGAGCUAAAAAUAUUGCAUCUUUUUUGAGGUUCUUGCUUUAAUGGGGAUUUGUCUGAGCAACCAAAUCAAGGCUGAGACCACACUUUAUACUGCUUCAGGGUUGGGUUCAAGAAAUGCCAGUGGAAAUGGUACUGAUACUAGUAAUUCGAAUAGCAAACGCUCAUCAGCUUCUGUACCCCCAACUCCACGGAGUGAGGGUGAGAUCUUGCAGUCCUCCAACUUGAAGAGCUUCACUUUCGGUGAACUCCGAUCUGCAACCAGAAAUUUCCGCCCUGACAGUGUAGUAGGAGAAGGAGGUUUCGGUUCGGUUUUCAAAGGGUGGGUCGAUGAGCAUACUCUUGCAGCAUCAAAGCCCGGCAUGGGAAUUGUGAUAGCAGUGAAAAAGUUAAACCAAGAAGGUUGGCAGGGACACCGGGAAUGGCUGGCUGAGAUCAAUUAUCUUGGGCAACUACAGCAUCCAAAUCUUGUAAAAUUGAUCGGUUAUUGCUUAGAGGAAGAUCACAGGCUCUUGGUCUAUGAGUUCAUGCCUAAGGGUAGCAUGGAGAAUCAUCUAUUUAGGAGAGGUUCAUACUACCAACCACUUUCUUGGAGCCUUCGUAUGAAAGUUGCGCUUGGCGCUGCUAGGGGACUUGCAUUUCUUCAUAAUGCUGAAACAAAAGUUAUUUAUAGAGACUUCAAGACCUCUAAUAUUCUGCUGGAUUCGGACUACAACGCAAAGCUUUCUGAUUUUGGGUUGGCCAGAGAUGGUCCGACGGGUGAUCAGAGCCAUGUGUCUACUAGGGUUAUGGGAACUUAUGGAUAUGCUGCUCCAGAGUAUUUAUCCACAGGCCAUCUUACUGCCAAGAGUGACGUAUACAGCUUCGGGGUAGUUCUAUUAGAAAUUCUAUCUGGUAAGAAAGCGAUAGACAAGAAUCGACCCACGGGGGAACACAGUCUCGUUGAUUGGGCAAAACCUUAUUUGACCAACAAACGUAGAGUUUUCCGUGUUCUAGACUCCCGUCUCGAAGGACAAUAUUCGCUCAGUCAUGCCAUAAAGGUUGCCAUCCUGGCUCUUCAAUGCAUAUCGAUGGACCCUAGGUCAAGGCCAACUAUGAACGAAGUGGUAACAGCUCUAGAACAGCUUCAGCAGUCCGUGAAAAAUGAUAAAAAGGACCGGCAGGUAAAUCAGCAUAACCGAUCAAGUUUUGCGCUCAAGAAGUCCCGCAGAAAUAGUGCUGAAGAGAUCCCCGUGAAGGCAAAGUAUCCAAGACCUUCACUGUCACUUUUUUGAUAAAAAGAGGAAAGAAAGUUUUUGGUGUUCCGGUUACUAGCUAGCACUCUUUUCUUCAAGAAAUUCUAGCAUAUAACUAAGAGAAAAUGCCUCCACAAAGAUGUACAGCUUGUCCCACUUCUAUUUUUGAGUUUUAGUCUGUUGGAUAAUGGUUGAACUAUGGAUUUGUGCGUAUCAAUUUAUUAGUUAUGGAAGUUUUACCUGCUA